ACAAAGCAAAGAGCACAGCUCCCAUCAGCUUCUAACUAAAGGUGGAUGGGUAAGAUGAUGAAGAGGCCAACCGCAAGGCCAUGAGAGGUUUCAAUCGACGCCAUGCCUUGUUUUAUCUCCUUGGUUUGUCGGGAUGUUUCUUCCUGAUUCGACAGUUUUCCCGUCUGAGCAAGGAUCAUGGUGACAUUUCCGAUAGUUUCCCGACAGCUGCUGAAACCACCGGCAACGGCGAUGAUGGACGCGAAAGCAACGUGUUGCCAGUGAAUGCAAAACGCCCGAGCCUCAAAGAACGAAACAAUAGUGCUUUUCAGGAGGCUACACGGGCUUUGGAGAAGACGAAUACGAAAGAUACCAAAUUGCUUGGAGACGGACAUCUUGUCUCUACGGAAGAUCCAGCUACCCCCGGAAUUGACAUAAGCAAAGCCAGAAAUGAAGAAGUGAUAUCCGUUGCCAAUCCUCGCAAGAAACGAGGGAAAAAGCAGAGAAAGCAAGAAGAUGAUUCCCUCCUUUAUCUUCAACACUUUUCUGGAUCCGGGUGGUCCAAUCAAGUGAGAAGCUACAUGAGUGCCUACUACAUUGCCAAGGCAACCGGAAGAGUCCUCGUGACAUCACCCGUACUGCCCAACAGGCGCAUCUAUGGAGAUCACAACAGACUGAUGAAGGACAAUAAACAAGAGUUUGACGUGGGAUACAACUUGAGAAAGGCGUAUAUGCGAGUCGUUCGGCCGGAGGAAUAUAUUGCCGUCGACAAGAUUUUGGAUAUGGAAUACACAUUCCCCAAUGUGACCACAAUUGAUUACAAAGAAUUUGUCGCUAGUAAACAGUGGACGAAGGAUAUAUCCACCUGGGUGCUGGAGACAAACUACAGUCGCCCAAACACGAUGUUUGUACUCGAUCGACCAGAUUUGGAAGAUACCCAGGUCACGGACGAAACUAAUGAAAAUGGUCAAGAAGUCACAACAACAACAUACAAGGAUAUUCGCAAGGUUGCCGUGGAAGGAAAACACUUCAAAAUGUGGACUCUAUUGGACUCCUUCCAGCACUUGCACCCCAGCAUGAUGCCUAACCCUGUUCGGCUACGAUACAACGACGAGAUUCGUCACACGGCAAGAAUCAUCCGAGAGCACGUAUGGAACAACUUGACAUAUGCAUCGCUUCACGUGCGGGCCGGAGAUGGUCCUUGGGCGUUUCGGAAAGUCAUUUGGGAAACCGUACGCAAAGUUUUGGGGAAUAGUACAGAGAAUAUACGGCAGUGGUUGGAUGGACGACGACGACAAGAACAAUCUGCUACGAGUGAACGGCUGGUCGAGAUUGGACUGUUUAUUGCCACAGACAUGCCACAGUUCCUGCUGCCAAAAGUCCAAGAGAGCAUUGAAAACAAAAUGAAAGAGGCGUUCCCGGAUCUGUCGGUGCAAGUCCUUUGGAGUAGCUCUUUUCAGAAUUAUACCCAACAGCUCGAGCCUUCGCUAAGGUAUCCAGGGAUAUUUCUGGACCAGCAGCUGGCUGCUUGUGCCCCUAUUGGCUUCACUCCCUCUCCCGGAGCGGGACACAUCUCGGUAUCUACAUUUUCCGACUUAAUCAUGACGAUUCGGAAUUCUAAUGGAGCUUGUUGACAUUCCGCCGUAGAUGUGAACUGGCAAAAGAAUGCAGUGUCGACAAAGGCCGUCGGAUGCAGUGGCAUGGGUGUUCAUCCAUCCAUGAACUCCCCAAGGACGAAGUGGCUUGCGAUUAGUUUCUAGUUACCGCAU